UUAUUCCUAACGUAUAAUUCAAAUAUGGAAUUCAAUCCGACAUAACCUAUAACUGAUACACAUGCAUGAUAACACAUACGAGUAACAAUCAUAAAAUUAAAUGUUUUUUAUUUUUAUUGAAAAAUUGAACGAACCUAUAUAAUGGAUACGAAUGUUAGUAUGACUGUAGAAAGUGCUAUAGAAAUGUUCACAUCUAUCAUGUGUUCUUUAAACGAAAUUGGUAAACAAACAUUUUUAUCGUUCAUUGCUGAUAAUUGGAAACCACAGAAUGUAAAGAUAGAAUCUCUUUCAAAGAAUGCAUAUGGCAUGGCAGGUGAUUGUCACAACAAACAUAGUUCACAGGAAGAAAAGUUAAACACUAUAAAAGAUAUUGUCCUCAAUAUCAGAAAUAAAGUACCAACAAGUGGAAUAUUUCCAUCAGAGGAAAUUGUAUCACCAACGAUUGGGCAGAACUCAGACUGUGAUCCUUGUUCAACAAAACAUGUUGAUGCAUUUCUUUAUGAUGAAAAAGAAGUAGAUGAACUUAUAGAAAGUGGGGAGCUGAAUACUUUGUAUUGUGCUGACUGUGGGUCCAGCAAUAUGAAACAAUAUAAUAUCAUUUCACACUCCUUAUCAGUGGCUGCUAUAUUGUAUAUAUUUCACAGUGUUUUACCAAGUUUAAGUGAAAAAGUUGUACUUGACAUAGGCUCUCGAUUGGGUGCUGUUUUAUAUGGAGCAUAUACAUUCACAUCUGCCAAGAAGAUUAUUGGUGUUGAAAUGAACAAAGAACUUUGCUCACUCCAAAAUGACAUAGUAAAUAAAUACAAAAUGAAUGAUCGUAUUGAGAUUGUGAACAGGAGGAUUGAGGAAUGUCCUGAAAUCAUUCAGAAGAGUAAUAUCAUCAUUAUACACAAUCCAUUUGAAUUUUAUGUUUCACACUCAGUACAUAGAGACAUUUGGGCUUUUUUAAAAGCCACUAUCCAAAGUGGAACAAUUCUAGUUACCAAACCAUCCAUUGAAACUACUUUUAAAAAUCUAAAAAUUAAAGAAGUAAAUAAAUGGGUAAAGCCUUAUGAACGAGAGAAGACUAUAUCAGAACCUUACAUAUUUGCAUCAUUAUUUUUGGACCCUACUGAAUAUACAGAUAUUAAAUUCUAUGAAGUCAUCUAAAUUUAAGGAAACUAUUAAAAUCGAAAAAUAAUGACUGAAAAUGUAUAUAAAGCAUGAUACAUAAUCUGAUUUCGCAAUCUAUUAAAAAGAAGUUUGUUUAAUUUCUUAAUUUGUUUUGCAUAAAGAGUUAAUAAAAGUUGAAUUUGUUAAUCGUAAA